UGCUCUCUUCAAUGCAUUUUACAUUGCCGCCUCACUUUACAGAUUCCAUCAGAUUCUCAUUCUCAUUCCCCCUCCUCCUUCAAGCUGCUCCUCUUCAAUUCCAGGCUCUCUCUCUCUCUCUCUCUCUAUCUAUUACCACCAAUUUCUUGUUUUCGCAGAUUUCUUUAUGCGGCGGUUUUUGUAAUUCAAUUGAAUGCUUAACUUAUCAUUCUGUGUGCGACUUUCAUAAGCAACCAACCGAAACGCCAAGAAAUCGGAUGGAAGCCUCGGGAGCCAUGUCUCGAUCUUUGCACAUACUUUCUUCUCCUCCCCUGCUUCCAGAUAUGCAACCUCGGAAGAUAGAUGGUUGUGCCAUGCAGAACAAUGAUCUCUCCUGGAAUGCAGCUGACAUCGAGAAAUUUCUUGAUGUUCCCAUGAAUAUAAUGCCGGUUCAGAAUGUCCCGGAAGAGUCCUCCACUGGUCUAAUGGCAUCGGGAGACCAAAGUAGGAGGCGAGACUGGCCAGAGUGGGCAGAUGAGUUUAUUUCUGUCGCUGAUGAUGCACUCAAUCCAAACUGGACUGAUCUUCUAGUCGAUAUCGAUGUUCCUGAUCCAGAUCUGGAUCCAAAGUUUUUUGAUGUUCCACUGGAUGUCUCCACACGCAAGCCACAGAUUCAGCAGCUGAAUCAGCUUCCUCCUCCGAAGGGACAAAGUACUCAAGCAAUCACCACUUCAUCUGCACCUUCAAGUAAAGGACGUAUGAGAUGGACUCCUGAGCUUCAUGAACUCUUUGUAGACGCUGUAAAUAAGCUUGGUGGCAGUGAGAAAGCUACACCCAAGGCUGUUUGGAAGCUCAUGAAUGUUGAUGGCCUGACUAUAUAUCAAGUUAAAAGCCAUUUACAGAAAUAUAGAACUGCUAGAUUCAAGCCAGAGCCAUCGGAAGGCACUUCAGAACCAAAAUCGCAUACUGCACCAGAUACUGCAGCCCUGGACUUGAAGACGACGAUGGGAAUAACUGAAGCUCUCCGACUGCAGAUGGAAGUGCAGAAGCAGCUGCACGAACAGCUUGAGAUUCAAAGAAAUCUGCAGCUGCAAAUCGAGGAACAAGGGAGAUAUCUCCAAAUGAUGUUCGAGCAACAAAGGAAAAUGGAGGAAGACAAAGCAGCAAAGGUGUCGUCAUCCUCAGAUGCACAAAAACCUCGAGAGGCAUCGGACAAGCCGGGAUUGUCCCAAGAACAGAGACCAUGCACAUACAGCAGUCCUGCAGAUGGCGCGCCUGUUGUGCCAAGUAAGCAGGCCAAAGCAACUCCGGAAACGCCGCGGGAGUCGUUGUAACAUGGAGUCUAUGCCAUUGAACUGAAUUGGAACAACAGAAAGAAGGUUGUCUGUAAAUAGAAAUAGAGAAGUAAAGAAGGUAAAAGUAGUUGAUCUGAUUCUCACUGUAAAGCAAAGCAGUUCUUCUCUGCUUGUCCAGCUACACUUCAUUUAUCUAUUACUAUUAUUAUUAUUAUUAUUGUUCGAAAAUAUAUCAAAUCCAUGUGAUGCUCAUUUUAAAUUUGUUAUUUAAU